GUACUCGCCCUUUCCCUGCCAGGACCCAGAGGUUACAUCCCAUCAGCCUUUGCGCACCCCCCUUCCUUCUCUUCCUCGGCGCUGCCUCCGGAGGUGGCGGCCUUCUCGGCACCAUGGCCGCCCUCAGACCCCUGGUGAAGCCUAAGAUCGUCAAAAAGAGGACCAAGAAGUUCAUCCGCCACCAGUCGGACCGCUAUGUCAAGAUUAAGCGUAACUGGCGGAAACCCAGAGGUAUUGACAACAGGGUGCGGAGAAGAUUCAAGGGCCAGAUCUUGAUGCCCAACAUUGGCUACGGGAGCAACAAGAAGACCAAGCACAUGCUGCCCAGCGGCUUCCGGAAGUUCCUGGUCCACAACGUCAAGGAGCUGGAGGUGCUGCUGAUGUGCAACAAAUCCUACUGUGCAGAGAUUGCUCACAACGUCUCCUCCAAGAACCGCAAGGCCAUUGUGGAGCGAGCGGCCCAGCUGGCCAUCAGGGUCACCAACCCCAACGCCAGGCUGCGCAGUGAAGAAAAUGAGUAGGCGGCUCGGGUGCGCAUUUUAUUUGUGUUUAAAUAAAACCUUGAAAACCA